UUGUUACACUCUUCUGAAAAACCAUUCAAGGAGAAUCUUUAGAGGAGAGCAGAAGACUCGACGUUUCGAAAAAUCUUCUUUAAAUCCUUCCAUCAUGGGGAUCGCCGACAUGCUUUUUAAGAGAACGUCAACUAUGGCACUCACAGUUAUAGUUGGCGCAUUCGUGUUUGAAAGAUCAUUUGAUGUCCUUACAAACACAAUUUGGGAUAAAAUUAAUGAAGGAAAACAGUGGAAGGAUAUUAAGAAGAACUAUGAAAGUUGAGAAGAGGAGCAGGUGGCACAAUUUUGCCAAUAUGUAGAUGUACAAAUCCCCAAUUAAAUUUAUGAUACCUUAUGUUUGCUUGUUUUGUCAUUGAACUUAAUGAAAGAAUUUGGGGUGGCUCAUUACAAACCUUGAAGUCCCCAGUCUUAUUAGCUUCAAGUUUAUGUAAAGAACAACUUCAAUAAUAAUGUACAAUUCUAUAAAACCAAUUGGCACUUUGUGUUCAUGAGUUUUGUUAAUGUUAAAAUCAUAUGAAAGAAAAUAAAAACAAACCAAUAUCA